CACGGGAACCAUCAGCUUUAAGUCCUGUGUGACCAAAGCUUAUCAUGUUUUGUCCAACAUUCUAAAUUAAUCAUGCCGGAUAGCGAUGAAGGGCCUGCAAGCGAUACGGAGGAGGACUACUCGUCGGAGGCAGCGGGGAGUACAGCAGCAGCUCGGUGUCGGGCGACUCAGAUGCGUCGGACAGCCUUAAGGAGCGGCGUGACAGCCACGGGAGAGCAUCCGCCUCCACAAAGCAACUUAAGAACACGAUCACGAGUAAAGCCGUCUUGCAGACAAUCAAUUCUUCCAGCGAACUUACCCCACCCCUUACACAACAGUGGUUACUGACCGUCCAUAGCCCCAACUCAGGCUUUCACGGACGGCCCCCCGCAUUGUGCGGAACUUGUGACCUUGUUACUUACGACCCGCAAGUCUCGUAUAAACUCCUGCAGCUGGCAUCCUUCAAAGACAAUAACAACAACGACAACAACCCUGCGCUGUGUUUCGGCCCCCGGUCAGGGCCCCCGGAGGGCGAGCUUAUUAACGCGAAGGUGCCCAGCAAAUUUCCCCGGAAGCCCAUGGUGGAGCUGAAGGCGUGUUCCAAUGUAUGGUACCAGGGCCAAAUCAUCGAGGAAAGCGCCAAUGAAGUGAAAAUUGCAUAUACCGUACCGACCUUGCAGGGUAAAUCCAAGCCACGUGUGGAAUGGCUGCAAAAGGCCUCAGCUCGCAUCUGGAGGGGGUCUUACAAGUCCCAUGAUUGGCGGCACCUGGGUCAGGGCGCCUGGGAGCCCCGCGCGCCGCGCGGCGGCGGCAGCGGCGGCGGCAAGAGCGCUCGAAGCAGGCAGCGCGGCAAUGGCGGUGGUGGUGGUGGUGGAGGUGCAGGCGGAGGUGGUGGAGGAGGGACACGUCCGCGAAAACAGCAGCAACAGCAGCAGAAACACCGGACACGAAAAUACAGCCGUGGCUCGGACUCCGACUACGACGCAGCGGAUGACGGAGAGACAUCCGGAGAGCGACCCAAAUCGCGCUCACAUCACCAGUGGACCGCCUCGCGGCAGCGACAGCAGUCGAGCAGGGAGGGUGCCGGCGGGAGCGAUACGGGGCGGAAAGACCCGGUAGCCGCUGCCGCCAGCGGCGGCGGCGGCGGCAGAGGCGGGAACAGGUUGGCUGCCGCGGCGGCGGCUGAGGGUGGCGGGGGUGGUCAGCGUGAAAGUGCCGGGGGGCCCCCCGCGCGUGGCGGUGGCGACCGGACGCGGGGUGGCAGGUUGAGCGCUCAUGCCAGCCCCAGCCACCCUCAGAACUUGGAGGUCAAAGUGGCGGAAGACGAGGUCAUGUCGCCGAGACCAGCGGCGCUGUCCAGAGGUGGUGGCGGCGGCGGCGGCGGCGAGGGGCCGUGUGAUGCUGCUGCCGCCAGCAAGCCUAGCGCCGCGGGGGGUCGCGCGACUGAUGCCGGCGAUACCGGGUACGGCAAGCCGCCCCGGAGCUACGGUAAAGCCGGCGCCGCCGCCGUCGCGGCGGCGACGGAGGAUCUAGGUAUGGCUGCGACGGGCUCAGCCGAGCCGCUGUACGGCGGCGCGCCGCCGCCACCGCAGCACCAACAUCCUCAUCCGCAUGCUGGGCAGCAGCAGGCAGAAGCAGGGGAUGCGGAUGAGCAAGCCAGCGAGCAUUCCCCAGAUGACGUGGCGGAGUCGCCUGGUGGGCUGUUGUGUGAUCAGGCGUCUACGAGGUGCAGCCCGAGUGACGAGGACGCGGCCGACGGCCGUAUCGCUGGCGGGGGUGCCCCUGUGCCGGAUCCCACAUACGACCCCUUGGCGCGGUGGUUCAUUGCGCACUACAGCCAGCUCCAGGCGGCAGGGACGUUGGGCCUGCUGCCAGGAGGCAUGUACGAGUGCGGUCGGCUGCCGGUGGGCUUCACCGUUGAUCCGGUCACUGCGGCCAUAGUACCGGAUAGCACCGUUCGCGGCGACAGCGGCGGCGGCGGCGGUGGCGCCGCUGCUGUCGGUGGCCAGCAGACCUUGGGCUCCACGCCUCCCGCGGCGACGGCGACGGCGGGAGUCACGGGAGCGCACAUGGCGACAGCGAUCCACGGUCCCGUGGGUCGGUCCGCAGCCGCGUCUCCGGUCCCGUGCACCGGCGCUACGGGCUCCUCCGCGCCGCCAGACUCCAUGCCGCAGCAGCUGCCGUACCACCACAACCUCACUCAGGGUUCCUCCGGACAUUGCCGGUCAGGUGACGGCGGCGGUCUACCGGGAAGUUCUCGCGGCGGCAGCGGGGGCGGCCCGUCAGCACCCGUACAGCGCCACCUUAGUAAGCAGACCAGCGGAGGAAGCAGCAACGGGCAUAGGGAGCACAGGGAGCCGCGGGACGGUGGGUCGGCGUCGCCAGCGGGCGGCGGCCCGACGGUGGCGGCAGGGAAGAGGUCCACGGCGGCGGCGGCGGCGGCUGGGGAGGCAGGUCCUGGCGGUGGCCAUGACGCCGCUGCCACUGGCGGUGGCGGCGGCCAUGGCACCGUUGGAACCGGAGGUGGGCAUUUGUUGAAGAAGUUGAAACGCGCGGUCAUCAUCUCCGAGAGUGAGGACGAGGACGUCGACCCACCGCCGCCGCUGCUGCUGCCGCCGCUCCAGCAGCAGGAGGUCGACAAGAGCCGCAAGGGCCACGUAGUUCCGGAGCGCCCGGGAGCAACAAUCCCGGUGGACUCACGGGUCGAUUGGGGGGAGCAGCCGCCGCGGGUGAAGGAGGGGGCCCGCCUGGCUCGGGAGUUCCAGGCGUUAGCUCCGCGUCUGCUGCGCCGGCAACUGCACGUGCUGGUAAUGGAGCAGGCGCGGUGGCCGCGGCCGCCGCCGCCGCAGAUGGCCCUGGCGGAGGUGGCGGUUCUGCCUGCCCUCCUGGCGGUGGUAGCGGUACGGCUGGAAGUGGGGGAGGACGGGGAGGAUCGGGAACAGGGGUCGUGGGGAAUCGGAGCGGCACUGGGCCACCGGCUGUUGCGGAUUUUUACUUGUGACCAAAACGUGCCGAAAACCCUUGUGCCUUAA